AUAUCCUCCCAAGUUGAAUUUAUAUUAUCUUUCAGAGAGAGAGAGAAAAAAAAAAAAAAAAAAACUCAUAGAUAGAUGACGAAUCUGUAAUGGAGCAGAAAAGAGUUGAGAAUAUUGGAGAUAAACCUGUAAUGGUAACUUCGACGGAUGACGCCUUGAGCCCUGAAGACGGCGAGCAACUUCCCUUCACAAGAGACAGACACUACGCGAUGCAUGGUGAGAUUUUAAUGGUAGUUCUCGUGAUUAGCUUCGCCGUCUUCCUCUUGUUCCUCGUGUUGCUUCCUUGUCUGAAACGCCGUUACACUCACCAUUCCGACCUCUCAGAAGAAGAUCCCUCGAGCGGAAGAGUCAAGCCCUCACCUGUUGUAAGCAAACCAUCGAUUUCGAAAUAGCCACAGUCCCAUACAACAAAACUAACUAGCAUUUUAUUGAGUUUCUAGUACAAAUUGUAGAAGCGUCUGUUAGUAACUUGGUAAUCAUACCUCUCACUACAUUACAACAUUGUACCUAACUGCAAUUGCAGUUGAAGAAUAAAUAUCUUGGACAGGAACGACAACAACAACAAUAUGA